UGAAAACUGAAUGAGUUAAUAAUGCUCUGUAUGUAUCACUAGAGCACCUGGCAUGUUGUGAAUGCUUUAAUAAGUGUUAUUGUUGGUAUUGCUUUUACUGUUUAAAUGAACAAGUUUUGGUGAUGGUGUGGAUCUUGUUUUGGAAAUGUUAGUUUGAGAUGUGCAUGAGAUAUCCAACUGGGGCUGUGAGACAGCUGGAAUCUGGUGCUCAGAGGAGUGUCCUGGGGCAGAGAUAAAGCUUGCAUUUAAGAUCCAACUAAAAUGUACUGGAUACAUUUGCAAAACAGACAGCACUUGGAAAUAAGUCAACCUUGUCCUGGACUGGCCAAUGGGAUAUGAAAACAGAUCAGUGACUCUGACUUUCCUUGGAGAGAUGGUGGAUAUGGCAAAGAGUGGAGUGACACAAAAGGUUUCAAAAAGACAUAUUUUGAAUUUUACUCCCCCCCUUACUAAUUGGUGGCCAUAGACAGUUACUAGUGUUGGUGAUAGAUUUAAGGGGUUCAAAGGGAGGAAUCAUGAACAAACAAUGUCUGGGUUUCUGUCUUGAGUGCCAGAUAACUUGUAGGGCCAGUUCCUGGGAUGGAGGAAAUUGGAAACAAGCUUAAGUUUCCUCAGCUGGAGAUUAGUGUAUCUUUCUCAUACCAGAAAGAAUGUACAUGAAAUGCCUGGCAUAGCACCUGGCCCACUGCAGAUGCUCAUUGAUGUUUUUUCUGUAGCUUUGGGCUCUUCUCCCUUCUUACCUCAGCUAUAAGCAUCUCCACCACAUUGCCUGGAUCUGCUUCCAUACUUAGAUUAAGAUGUAAGGUGGGAACAGCGAGGUGACAGAGCAGGGCCAGGACUUGGGUGGGGUGAGCGAGGCACUCACCUUGGGUACCAAUACACUAGUCAAGAUAAAUAUUAUUUUAAUGCAAUAUCUUGAAAAAUCAAAAUCAAUGCAAAAAAUCCAUGAUGCAUAAAAUAUUACAUUUUUAAUAAAGAUUUAUUUCUUUUGCCUCCAGUUCUGGUGCUCAGUAGGGCACUGUGACAAGGUAAAAGCAAAGAAAUAAAGCUUCCACCCUGACCUCCCAAGACUUUCUCAUUUCUUCCUAAGUUGGUAACUAAGAGCCAGUCAACAGACUUGUGUGCUCCAAUGAUCUCUAAAGGCUGUGUUCCAAAAGCCUGUGAUACUGGACACUCUUAAGAUGGGGGUGUGAGGCUUCUGCUAGCCCAGCCCCAGCCCUCCUCUAUCAGUGGCAAUGUGUGACGUGAGUUGGAGCAAGGUUCCCAGGUUUGCCCCACCUCAGUAAACGCAGACCCUUGUGACCCUGCAACUGUUGAGUAAGCACAAAGUGAAAUAACCCAAUGCUCUAUUAAAGGCUGGGGUUUAAAGGUCAGCUUUGUGCUUAUGGGCUGCAAGUCUGAUGCACUCUCUAAAUGACUCUCAGGGAGUUUUGCACUUGCAGUAUGGACUGAGAAGAUGAGCAUUUCCAUUCAGAGUGGGGAGCUAUUUGCUUUGCAAGGAGCUGUCAUUACCAACAGGAAAACAGCAGAUUUGUGGCUUCCUUCCCACCGGCGGUCCUGCGUGGGUGCCAAGUUCCACACGUAACUUAAUGGAUCAGAAGGAGAUGUCAGUGAAAAAAAAGGUCCAGAAUGAUUAUGACUAAUCUAUGACUCCCAACAGUAUGACAGAAAAUGGCCUGCCAGCCUGGGACAUACCGAAGCACCGUGCAGACCUGGAACACAGCUGGAAGCUGGUAGGAAUGUCUGAAGCCUGCCUGCGUAGGAAGAGCCAUUCGGAGAGGGGCAGCACAUUGAAAAAUGAACAGUCAUCACAUCUCAUCCAGGCCACUUGGACUAGCUCAAUAUUCCAUCUGGACCAUGAUGUUGUGAACGACCAGACUGUCCCAAGUGCCCAGACCUUCCAAACAGAAGAGAAGAAAUGUAAAGGGUACAUCCCCAGCUACUUAGACAAGGACGAGCUGUGCGUAGUGUGUGGGGACAAAGCCACCGGGUAUCAUUACCGCUGCAUCACGUGUGAAGGCUGCAAGGGCUUUUUCAGAAGAACCAUUCAGAAAAAUCUCCAUCCAUCCUAUUCCUGUAAAUAUGAAGGAAAAUGUGUCAUAGACAAAGUUACACGAAAUCAGUGCCAGGAAUGUCGCUUUAAAAAAUGCAUCUAUGUUGGCAUGGCAACAGAUUUGGUACUGGAUGACAGCAAGCGGCUGGCGAAGAGGAAGUUGAUCGAGGAGAACCGGGAGAAGAGGCGGCGAGAGGAGCUGCAGAAAUCCAUUGGGCACAAGCCUGAGCCCACGGAUGAGGAGUGGGAGCUCAUCAAAACUGUCACCGAAGCCCACGUGGCCACCAACGCCCAAGGCAGCCACUGGAAGCAGAAACGGAAAUUCCUGCCAGAAGAUAUUGGACAAGCACCAAUAGUAAAUGCCCCAGAAGGUGGAAAGGUUGACUUGGAAGCCUUCAGCCAUUUUACAAAAAUCAUCACACCAGCAAUUACCAGAGUGGUGGAUUUUGCCAAAAAGUUGCCUAUGUUUUGUGAGCUGCCAUGUGAAGACCAGAUAAUCCUCCUCAAAGGCUGCUGCAUGGAGAUCAUGUCCCUUCGCGCUGCUGUGCGCUAUGACCCAGAAAGUGAGACUUUGACCUUGAAUGGGGAAAUGGCGGUGACACGGGGCCAGCUGAAAAAUGGGGGUCUUGGGGUGGUGUCAGACGCCAUCUUCGACCUGGGUAUGUCGCUGUCGUCUUUCAACCUGGAUGACACAGAAGUAGCUCUCCUUCAGGCUGUCCUGUUGAUGUCUUCAGAUCGUCCAGGGCUCGCCUGCGUUGAGAGAAUAGAAAAAUACCAAGAUAGUUUCCUGCUGGCCUUUGAACACUAUAUCAAUUACCGAAAACACCAUGUAACACACUUUUGGCCAAAACUCCUGAUGAAGGUGACAGACCUGCGAAUGAUUGGAGCCUGCCAUGCCAGCCGCUUCCUGCACAUGAAGGUGGAAUGCCCCACAGAACUCUUUCCCCCAUUGUUCUUGGAAGUGUUUGAGGAUUAGACUGACUGACUUCAUUCUCAUAAUUCCUACAGCACUACUGGGUGUCAUUUCAUUCCAUUGCCUAGCUCUUUUUUGUUUGUUGCUUUGUUUCUUUGUAUUGGGAGGGAUUGUUUGGGGUCAAAGGGAGGUAGUUCUUAGCAUAGACAUGGAUGAAAUUGCCCCUUGAAUGCGGGUACUUGUAACUAUUGCAUUUUGUUAUCUAGUCCUUUGAUGUGAAUGCUUUGAAGGUUUUACAGUUGUGGAGGUGGGGUGGGGACAAUCAUUAAUUCACCAGCACCAAGCCAUCACCAGCUCCCAUCUGGUCAGAGACUCAAGCAAGCAAAAUGGCACAGCAGAAGACUAAAGAAGCCUUAAAACCAAGAUAAUAUGUUCAGCUUGAUCCAAUCCUGAUUUUUCAGGCUCAGAUUAGCAUGGCACAGACCACCUUUAGUUAGAAGUAGCUUUCAGCUUCCUAGGGAAAGCUCUGAAAAUUUUUGAUUUAUUCAAGAGCAUGCUGUUCACAGCACUCUUCAUUCUCAACUAGCUGCAUAACUGGGAAUGUAUAAGAAUGUUUGUUCCUGAAAAAAAUCAGCUGUCUUUUCACUGUAAUUUCUAUGAUCCUGUGAUUUAAUUCAAGCUAUACAACGGUGUGACUCAGAGAUGUGCAGGUACUUGACUGAUUGAGGCCAUAAGGACAAUUUUCUUUAAUGAGCCCAAAGAAAUUGGAAGUCUUUGUGAAGGUUAAUGACUCAACAAUUUCCAAAAAUCCACAUAGUAUUACCUCAUCCUAGGAGGCUUCUUUACAAUGUAGUCUCAGAGAAAACUUCCACACAAAUCAAAUCUAUUUACAGAAUGUUGUCACUUCUCAGUGACAUGGGAUCCAUUAUUUCCCAAACUCCUGAAGUUAUUUCUCCUGAUUGCAUCUUUGCUGUGCUGACAACAGAGUUUCCCCUGGGUCAAAUCUAAUCGAGGAGAGAUAACAAGCUGAAAUUUGAAUUUUUCUCUGGGGCAGUUCUGAGGAGAGAGUAGUGAGGUACCACUCUGAGUUGAAGGAAAUACAGGGUGCUGAGAGCCUCUUCAGGUACAGAGGGUUUGAGGAGGCUUCCUUAGAUCCUUAGGCUCUCUGCUCAACGUAUGAAUGUUUCCUAGUUCCAUUUUUCCUCAGAUUCUUAGGCUUGACUAUUGCUAAACAAAGACUGGCCUGGCCACUGACCCUCUCUGUCCCUAUAGCACUGCCCUGACAGAUACCCAGCAGAAAACACCUGCAGACCGUGCACAUGAACCUUCACUACCAUCUCUGCCUCACCCACCUCCCUGGUGACAAAUGCUGGAGUGCUUGUGCCUAGAAAACAAACGGUGACCCCCUACUGGCUUCAACAUCAGAAAACAGGCACUGGAUGUCCCCACGCAAUUGAACGUAUCUCAUUUUUCACUGGCAUAGUAGACAAAAACUAUUCCUUUGGCUGCCUUGAACUGCCUUAUCCUGGAAAUAUUGGGGAAAAUAAGCCAUAUCAGUGAGAUUUACCUAAAAACAAAGGAAUGUAAGUCACUGUGAAAACCCAGUGAGCUAAUUCUUUUUAACUGGCUCAGAAUUCAGAAUGUCUGAGUUCUAGUUUGUGCUUUAUCAACUGGUAGAUUUGUGACCUUUGGGUCUGGGUUUUUUCAUCUAUUGAAUAAGUCGUGAACUCUAAAAUGUUACCCAUUCUUAAUAUUGUACAAAUUUCAGGGGUGGGAGUAGUGGGAAUCUGGCUCUUUUGAUGGUUUCUUUCAUAUUCAAAUUUCUAGCUUUAUUAGAAAUUAUCGCCUUCGUCACAGUUAAGGAAAGUAUAUUUGGUAUUGAUUCAUAAUAAGAAUUUGACACUCUCAUCAACUAUUUAGAGAAAGGUAGGAUGACCUUGGAAGAGGGAGAGGAACCGCUUUGAAAAUCCCAAGUAUGACUGGAAAAAAUCUUGGAAGAAAGUAUGUUUUAUGCACUAAAGCAGUUAUACCAGCCUCUGGGGAAAAAGAGACAAGGACAUUGCUGUGGAACUUGCUAACCAGAGAAAGGAUGCAGUGAAGUUCAUGGGCAGAUAACUUGCUUUGAAGAUUGUUUGUUUGUUUGUUUUGGUUCUGUUUUCCUAGGCAGCCUCUAGCCAGUCACCCUAACUUCUUGCUUUGUUAACAUCUCAGAUCGCCCUGUUGACUCUCCUCGGAGAACUACUCUUUGAAACAUAACUGCAUAAUCACCAUCUACGCUCCAGGGUUACUCUGAGAAGCUUUGUGGUGUGGGGCAAGUUUCCCCCCAGAAGGGAAUAAGAGGAAGGCAUGAGGGGCGGUGGGCAUUGGAGGGUUCAUAGAUGAGUUGGGUAUCAUGCCUUCCUAGGAAAGUGUCCUCAAUUUGACAGAGAUUCUGUAGUACAUCAGACACACCCAGAUUCAAAUAUAAGUACAGAGCCUACUCUAAAGCUAAACUGGAAUGCUUUGAGGAUUAACCAUGAUUGGGCACUGGCCAAAUACUGUAGUAUAUCUACAGUAAUCCAGCCAGUCCCAAGUAAAUUUAUGUUUGAUCCUCAGCUCCUUAAAGUAUUGCCUUAAACAGGCAAAUUGCUGAUCUAAAAAUCUUGUUGAAGACUGAAUACUUUAUAGUGAGUAGAACAAGACUCCAGGUACUUCAGGUUGAAAGGAAAGGUUACAAGGGCUUAAAGCAUCAUGACUCCAGUGGUCAAGUGAUUCAUUUCCUCUGUAACUGAUUAGGGUACUUAGUGCAUCUCAAGGCUCCAUCUCCUAAGACUCAGUUAGGAAGGAUUCGCUCUGGAUUUUUUAAAACCUUUUUUCUUAUUGUCCGGACUUUCAAAUCAAGUGUGGACCUGAUGGAAACCCCUCAUGGUGGGGAGACAUCCCAGGAGAGCAGAACACACCCGUACAACCGGAAUUCUUAUUUAUAAAUUACUUAACUUUUGGGGAUGAGUGGUAUGGUGUGUGUGUGUGUGUGUGUGUGUGUGUACUCUUCAACUGAGACAUGCAGUAUUUCCAGAAAUAUUGAAAAAGUAAGAACUUAAUGAUUCUGCUCAAAACACCAUGUGCUGCCUCAGAGCUUUUUCUAGUUAAAUGAGCCUCGGUCCUCAAGGACGUGCUUGCCGGGUUGAUGCCUCAGCCCAGCGAUGCACCCUCACCUGUGCCCCGAGUGACACCUCUUCCGUCUGCAGCAUGGUCAUCCAGGUGGACCGCCAGGCCCAGCUCUGCUCCAGCAACGCCUUUGUCAUUGCUCUUCCGUGAUCAGGUGUGCAAACCUCGGCCACUCCUCAACACUAAGCCCCCACAGACUCAGCUUCCAUGGGACUGCUGAGCACCCUCAAAGCAUGUCAUUGUCAGUGAUACAUUUUUUAUUCUAUGGAACUCUAACCUAUUGGUGUCAUAUUGACCUUUUGCUGCAUGAGUCAUGAAUAGUGAAAUCGGUCUUAUGGUUUUUGAAAUGUAGCCAGCAUUUGUAAGGCUAAACCUUUUUCAUAAACUGAAUUUAAGUGAACCACCAAGUCACAGAUCCUAUUCCCAAAGGAGAGUCCUUACAGACAUUUGAAUCCCUUGCCCUUUCCAAUGGCGGUGGCAUCAGGUUCUAAAAUAAGCUCAUCAUUUUUCCUGUUAUUUUAAUAAUAUGGAAAUAUUAGCAUAGUGUUUCUUUUGAUAGUGAUAGAUUAUAAUCCAUAUUUAAAUUUUAUAGAGAAGAAAUUUUAUUGUACUGUGAUGUAGAUAUUUAUUUUCCAGGUAAGGAUUUGCCCGGUGUGUAUUUUUUACAAUUGAAACGUUUUACUUUAAUCUUUAAAAAAAUACAUUAAAAACAUACACAAAAAAAAACAGACUAGGGGUAAAAAAAGGUUUGGCCUUAUCACAGAAUUUUUACUGUGCUGUAUAAAUGUUUGCAAAUGCAAAAAGUGUGCAUUUCUAGUGUGUUUCCACAUGAAUUAAUGCCUCCUUCCAGAGCAAUAUCGUGCAGGUAAAAACGCUGUUUGUGGCUUUCUUAAAGCUUAAAGCUGACCCACCUUAUGCACAAGACAAUCAGAUGUAAAUCUGUCCUCCUCAGGAUGCAGAUAAUACUCAUGUAAAUUACAGAGCACAAUGUAAGACAAAAGAAGACACUUUAUUUAAUUGCACAUGUAUUGUUGAUAGAGAAGAUAUCACAGCACGAAUGAGCUGACGGUAAGCCACUUCUUUCUUUUGGUUCUUCCUAAUUAACUUGGCAUUUUUCAUUUGACUCUAGAGCCAAAUUAGUUCUCUAUGCUUUCUCCAGAGAAAAGACUUUUUCCCCCCAUAGUGUUUUCAUGUCCCAAGAAUCAGAAAAAUAUCACGAAAUAAGACAAGAUUAACAGUCAUAGGAAGAUUUGUGUUUUGCAAACGGUGUUAAGUGAUAUUGCUAGGUUGGUAAUAUUUUUUUCAGCCUAAAACUCUGUGAUCAAAAUGUUUUAAAUUAUCCAAAAAGAAAAUUUGUAUAUUUGGGAAAAAUGGAUUUUUACAUAGCUUUUGUAUGCAGAUAUCAAAUUGUAAGUAUGAAUAUAGUGGGUGUAGAUAAACUCAAAAGCUUCAAUUCUAAAAAAAAAGAAAAAGCUUAUAACUGA